AUGCAUCACGGCUUCGCCGAGCCCUCGUGGGCCAACGACGCCUACCUCGCUCUUGACAACGGCAUCGUCUCGUCGUCCGACAAGUGGGCUGCUGUUCUCGGCAACGCGCCCUCCUUCUCGCAAUCUGCCUUUACCAUCCCACCCUCUCUGCUCACUGCUGCUUCUGUCGAGCGCUACGGCCAAGUCACGCCCCCCGAAGAUCUGUCUCCCGCAGAGCCACCACGCGAGCCGAUCCGAGAGGGGUCCAUUCCACUCGAGGAGCUCCAGAACGAGGCUCUCUUUCCGGAUCAUCAGAUGCAGGCACUGCAAGAUUACCAACCCCAAGUAGCACAAGACGAGCCCGCUUCGAAGCGCCGUCGCACCUCGCGGCAGUCUUCGAACAAGGACCUCGCUCCCCCGCAGACCCAGCAGCCCCAACAAGACGGCCAGCCGCCCAAGCGCAAGCGAGGAAGGCCGAAGUCGACUCCGCAGAUGGUCGAGCACUACACUGCCGACGGCUUCCCAUUCCAGGUCUCGUCGGCACGCCAGUCGCACCUCGAGAAGAACCGCGUAGCCGCCCACAAGUGCAGGCAACGCAAGAAGGAGUACAUCAACGGGCUCGAGGCGCGUGCCCGCGAGUUUUCGUCCAAGAAUAAGGCGCUGAAGGAGAACGUCGCCAUGCUUCGCGAGGAAGUCCUCUCGCUCAAAAACGAAGUCCUGCGACACGCUGGCUGUGGCUUCUGGGCCGUCGAUGAAUACCUUGCACGAUGCGCUGGCGACCUCUUGGGCGUUGACGCACCCGGGAUGGGAGAGCAGCAAUCGAAGAGGCCAAAGCCCAGCCCCAUGACCAGCUCUUCGUCACUCCAACUGGAUGACCUGCACCGACGGUCGUCGAGCUCCGGCUCAAUCCUCAGUGCCGUCUCCACGCCAGACAACGACGACUACAGCGGUCUCGAUUUCCUCCACGACAUUGACGAGGACGAAGAAGACCAGUCCAUAUGA